GCGAGCGAGCGAGAGAGAGAGAGCGUAACCGGAACUGGAACUGUUACAUUCAGACAGCAGAUCCUUCACUUUACACACUUAUUCAUUAUUCAUAUGAUUUAUUUCAUCUCACUAAACUUUUCCCGCCAUGACGCGCUGGAUUCCCACAAAAAGGGAGAAAUAUGGAGUGGCUAUCUAUAACUAUAACGCAAACGGAGAGGCGGAGUUAAGUCUUCAGGUGGGGGACACAGUACACAUACUGGAGACGUUUGAAGGGUGGUACAGAGGAUACACACUGCGACAGAAAUCACAGAAGGGCAUUUUCCCUGCCAACUACAUCCAUUUGAAAGAAGCUAAAGUUGAAGGAACUGGCAAACAAGAGACUGUGGUACCUGCAGACUUACCCUUGGUGCAAGAGCUUGGGACGACGCUGAGAGAAUGGACACAAAUCUGGCACAAACUUUACGUGAACAACAAGACCACGCUGUUCCGGAACGUUCAGCAGAUGGCCUACAGCCUGAUCGAAUACCGCUCGCAGAUCGUAUCGGGAACGCUUCCCAACGAUGACCUGGUGGAACUCAAGAAGAAGGUCACAGCCAAAAUCGAUUAUGGGAACAGGAUUCUGGGUCUUGAUUUGGUAGUGCGCGAUGAAGCGGGUAACACAUUAGUCCCGGAAAGCUCCAGCACCGUCAGCCUGUUCAGAGCACACGAGGCUGCGUCCCGCUGUAUUGAUGAGAGGAUUCAGGAGGAGAAGAUGCGCCUCCAGAACGUGGAUAAGCGGCGUCAGACCCUCUUCAGCGGCGUACACACGUUUAGCCUCCUCAUGAAUCUCAAAAACUUCGUAUGCAACAUUGGUGAAGACGCAGAACUCUUUAUGUCAUUAUAUGACCCUGAUAAAUCUGAAUUCAUUAGCGAGAACUUCCUGGUCAGGUGGGACAGCACAGGCAUGCCGAAAGAGAUCGAAAAACUUAACAACCUGCCAGCACUUUUCACGGAUCUGAGCAGCAGUGAUCUGAUCAGACAGCGCCUCUUCCUGGUCUGUCAGAUUAUUCGUGUGGGCAGCAUGGAGCUGAAAGAGGGAAAAAAACAGACAGGAGGACUGCGAAGGCCGUUCGGAGUCGCAGUUAUGGAUAUCACAGAUAUUGCCCACGGUAAAAUUGAUGAUGAUGAUAAACAAUACUUCAUCCCUUUUCAACAGAUCGCCAUGGAAACCUACAUCCGUCAGCGGCAGCUAAUCAUGUCUCCUCUCAUGCCGUCUCGUGUCAUCGUCGAGAACGAACCUCUCGUCGCCGUCUUCAACAAGGUCAUUGCCACACGAGAGGUCAACCACAAAGGACAGGGGCUGUUCGUGACCCUAAAACUGCUCCCUGGAGAUGUGUUCCAGGUUCAGAAAGAUUAUCCUCAUUUCGUGGACCGCACAACAGCUAUUGUCAGGAAAAUGGGCUUUCCUGAAAUUAUCCUUCCAGGUUACGUGAGGAACGACAUUUACGUGACGCUGCUACAAGGUGAGUUUGAUCGUGGAAAGAAGAAGACCCCGAAAAAUGUGGAAGUUAUGAUGAGCGUUUUGGAUGAAGAUGGAAACCCCAUGGAGAAGGCCAUAUAUCCAGGAGGAGGUUAUGAAGGGAUCACAGAAUAUAAGUCUGUCAUUUACUAUCAGGUCAAGCAGCCCUGCUGGAAUGAGACUGUUAAGGUGACCAUACCCAUCGAGGAUGUUUGUCGAUGUCAUCUGAGAUUAACUUUUAGACACAGAUCAUCUCAGGAUUCCAGAGAUAAGUCAGAGAAGCCGUUCGGCAUGGCUUUUAUCCGUCUGAUGAAGUCAGAUGGCACCACACUUCCAGAUGGAAGGCAUGAUCUCAUCGUCUACAAGGUGGAUGUGAAGAAAAGUGACGAUGCCAAGACGUAUUUGACUCUUCCUGGCUCAUACGCCGAGGCUGAGGAAAAAGAGAGGCAGGCAGGAAAACCUUUCCAUCCCACAGGCGUCAUUCCCGUCACCAAAGACAGCUUUCAGAUCUCCACACUCACCUGCUCCACGAAGCUCACACAAAACGUUGAUCUUUUGGGCCUUCUCAACUGGAGAUCAAAUACUGAGAGACUUGAAAUAAUUCUUCAGAAACUGAUGGAGGUGGAAGGAGGGGAAAUUAUUAAAUUUCUGCAGGAUACACUGGAUGCUCUCUUCAAUAUCAUGAUGGAGACCUCAGAGGAAGAAACCUACGACACACUUGUUUUCAAUGCUUUGGUCUUCAUCAUUUCACUGAUCGGCGAUAUUAAGUUUCAGCAUUUCAACCCGGUUCUGGAGACAUACGUUAACAAACACUUCAGUGCAACUUUGGCGUACCAGAAGUUGACCAGAGUGUUGAAUUAUUUUGUUGGCCGCGCCGAGGACCCGGCGCAUACGGAGAGACUGUACUCCGCUUUGAAAGCCUUCAAGUACCUUUUUCGUUUUAUCGUGCAGUCACGGAUUCUCUAUCUCAGGUUUUAUGGAAAAAGUGAAGAUGGAGGGGAGUUUCUUGACUCCAUUCGUACCCUCUUUCUUUUAAUCAGCAAUCUGAUGGACCGGCCUCUGGAUGAGGGAGUUAAAAUAAAGGGAGCAAUCUUAAAAUAUCUUCCUACCAUAAUCAACGACUUACAGAAGGUUUUUGAUCCUGUGGAGCUGAGCUUUCAACUGGCGAAGUUCAUCGAGAGCAUCCCAGAGUUUCAGAUGGUGAGACAGAAACUCGGUUGUCUGGUGAAAAUGGUGGAGAGUGACCUUUUCAAACUGCCAGAGUGCAGAGAAGUCUUGUUACCCCUGAUCACAGAUCAGCUGAGCGGCCAACUGGACGAUCACUCCAAUAAACCUGAUCUGGAAGCCUGCGUUCAGCUCCUCAGUACUGUACUAGACAUGCUAGACCUUAAAAACAUUGGUCCCACGUCAGGUCACGUGAAGCUAAUCGUGGACCGUCUGUUGCGAAGGGUUAACCGCACCGUCAUCAACCUGAGCUUGGACUCGCCCUACAUUGGGCACUACCUCGCAUGCAUGACCGCCAUCCUGAAACAAAUGGAAGAUGCGCAUUACGAGCAAUACAUCAGCACAUUCAAAACCAGGCAGGACAUUAUCGACUUUCUAAUGGAGACUUUCAUCAUGUUCAAAAACCUGAUGGGGAACGUCUUUCCCCCCGACUGGAUGAUCAUGAAUCUACUCCAAAUGAAAGUCUUUCUGCGGGCGAUAGACCAGUACUCUGAUGUCCUCAACAAAUACUUCUUGGACGCCGCUCACUUCCACUUACAGCUCUGGAACAACUACUUUCAUCUAAUUGUUGCUUUCCUUACCCAUAAGUCAUUGCAGCUGGAGUCUUUUUCUCUUGAGAAACGAAACAAGAUUCUCAACAAGUACGGUGAUAUGCGGAAGAGCAUCGGCUUCAAGCUGGCAGAUAUGUGGUAUAAUCUUGGUCCACAUAAAAUGAAGUUUAUCCCCGCGAUGGUUGGUCCCAUUUUGGAGGCGACUUUAGUUCCAGAGCCCGAGUUGAGGAAGGCCACCAUCCCCAUCUUCUUCGACAUGAUGCAAUGUGAACACAAUUUCAGUGGCAAGCACACCUUUCAGAUGUUUGAGAAUGAGCUUAUCACAAAACUGGACCAGGAGGUCGAGGGAGGACGUGGAGAUGAACAAUACAAGCUUCUGCUGGAGAAGACGUUACUGGAGCACUGUCGGAGGCAUCGCUACCUCUCUCAGUCGGGUGAAGCUUUGGCUUUGUUGCUGAGCAGUCUGCUGGAAAAUCUGAUGGCCUAUCGCACCAUCACCCAUGACGAGAGCCCUGAACUUCGCAUGAUCUGCACUGUCAACGUCCUGAACUUUUACAAAGAGAAAAAAAGAGAGGACAUUUAUAUCCGCUAUUUGUACAAGCUGCGUGACCUUCAUCUAGACUGUGAGAACUACACCGAGGCGGCGUACACGCUCCUGCUGCACGCUGAGCUUCUGGAGUGGUCAGACAAGCCUUGCGCGCCCCACCUGAUCCCACGGGACGGCACUCAGGGCUGGACACAACAAGAGCUGAAGGAAAGACUGUUUCAGGAGAUCAUGUGUUAUUUGGACAAGGGCAAAAUAUGGGAGAAGGCCAUUGAGAUGGCCAAACAGCUUGUUAAACUUCACGAGAACCAAAUGUUCGAUUUCCUAGAGCUCAGCCAGCUGCUGAAACAGCAGGCGCAGUAUUACGAGAAUAUCAUGCACGCUAUGAGACCUCAGCCGGAGUAUUUCGCUGUUGGAUAUUAUGGCCAGGGUUUCCCAUCUUUUCUUAGGAACAAAAUGUUCAUUUACCGUGGUAAAGAGUACGAGUGGCUGGAGGACUUUAGUUUGAAGCUGAUGUCUCAGUUUCCCAACGCGAUGAAGAUGACCAGCACGUCGGCCCCUGGUGACAACAUCUGUAACUCAACUGGUCAGCAUAUUCAGUGUUUCACAGUAAAGCCUGUUCUCAACUUACCUGCAUCGUUCAAAGACAAGGGCCUUCCUGAACAGAUGAUCAAUUACUACCGGACGAACGAGGUGGAAAAGUUCCAGUAUUCCAGACCCUUCAGGAAAGGAGAGAAAGAUCCAGAGAAUGAGUUUGCGACCAUGUGGAUUGAAAGAGCCACCUACAUCACAGCGUAUCGCUUUCCGGGGAUCCUCAAGUGGUUCGAAGUAAAGUCGAUGUCUGUGGAGGAGAUCAGUCCUUUGGAGAACGCCAUAGAAACCAUGGAGCUGGCCAAUGAGAAGCUGAGUAAUCUGGUCCAGCAGCAGGCCUGUGAUCGAUCUCUUCCUGUACAUCCUCUCUCCAUGAUGCUCAACGGGAUCGUGGACCCUGCAGUCAUGGGUGGCUUUUCCAACUAUGAGAAGGCGUUUUUUACAGAGACGUACAUGAAGAACAACCCUGAUCACCUGGAGCGCAUUGAAGUCUUGAAACAUCUCAUUGCACUGCAGGUUCCACUGCUUGAUGAGGGGAUUCGGAUCCACGGUGAGAAAUCCACAGAACAACUGAAACCUCUACACAACAGAAUUGUCACCUGCUUUCAAGACCUGCGCGCCAAAGUGGAGAGACUGUACGGCGUCAUUACUCUGCCCUGCUCUCUGACAGAAAAGAAGAAGAGUCGUGUCGGGUCGAUGGUUAUGCCGUACAUCAUGUCCUCCACGCUCAGACGGAUGUCCACCAUCUCAAACGCCUCAUCUGGACACUCCAGUGGAUCUGGUUCAUCUGAUGGAAACUCCUCCAGACCUGCAUCACAGGAUUCACUGCUAUCCCGUGUGAGUGACUGCAGGGUCUCCGUGUUUUCCCGUUCAGAGGAAGAUAAUCGGAUCAGUAAGAAAAACAGGAAAGAAUGGAGCGUGAGCAAGUCUCAAGUUCUUAUGGAGCGACCCACCAACACAGACGAGAUUCCUCCAGAAAAGCAGCCGAGACCCAAAAGUCUGACGAUUGGAGAUCGAAGACUCACGCUUUCACUGUAUCAUGGAGAAUCAUCCGGCUUGAGUUUACACAACCCACUCAGCCCACUGCCUGCUUCACCACACACACCACGCAGCUCCAGUUACACGUGUCUACCGAGCGAGAGUGACUUUAGCACGUCUGACAUCACAAGCGCUCCUCCACCGAUGCCCCCGAAGAAACACCUGCCCGAUAGUGACGGCAUCUACAACUCUACCUCUGAGUUUACGCCUCCUUUACCGAUGAAAGUUGAAAACAAGCCGCCGCCUCCCCCGCCCAAAACACGCAAGUCCAUGUUUCCCAACAAUGACAUCAAUCCCCAAUAAACGCUCCAGUACUCCUCCAUCACCCAGCACUACACCUCUCACAUCUUUACAUGCUUUUGGAAAAACUGUUUAGACACCUAAGGAGCAAUUUAUUUUCCUCCUUUUAAAAUGUAUUACCAUGUGACAUCAAUGCAUUUUAUUUAGAAAUAAACCACCUAUUUAUUAAUCAUCGCUUUGCAGAAAUGUGAUCGUAACUUUUAUACAUCAUUAGUGUCUGUGCCUUACGAAUAGAGAAGUUGUUGCGACAACAGAAGAAAGUCUAAAUAUUAAUAUUUACGAAUAAAAAUGUUAAUCUUUGCACAUAUUCACUUUGCACAUAGCUCACAUUUGUUGAGUUCACACAACUUUGGUACUUUUGCAAUGAAACCUUUUGCAGACACGGUGCACAGUUCAGUUGGCAUUACUUUUCCCAAAGCAACAAAAGACUUCUGCAUUAUUAUUUUUCCAGCGAUUUCAUUUUAUUUGCAUGCAAACCCCUCUAAAAUGUAUGAGUUUGGAUGUAUGUAUGAUGCACGAGGAACUUUGCUCACUGUUAGUUACCUCAAAUCUAAAUAUAUUUCAAUAGUGCACACACUGUAUGGAAAGCAUAAUGUCUAUUUUUGGCAUACUGUUUUUAUAAAUGAUUUUUUAUGCUUUAAGGUUACAUAAUUCAAUAACUGCACCUUUAGAUGUGUUAAAUUAUUAUUUGUACAGUUUUUGAAUACAACUAGUUAUGACAGUAAAUGGGUAACAUGACAGGACAGCAGUGAUGUGUUUUGUGUAAUGGGUUCUUACGGUAGUGUUUAUUGCAUAAAGAUUUCUUACUUUUGUACUGUAGCAGAGUUUUUGCCGAAUUAUAUUUCUGCCCAAAAUGUUUUGUAUAUUCUGUAUUAAAACCGUGAAAUUAUAACAAACGUGAUUGCAGUUUCCCAAAUCCAAGGAAAAGUCAAAACAAUGUUUUUGAUAAAGGGAUUAUACAGUAGAUGUAAAUAUUGAAUAUCUCUUUACAGAAUUAUUUAAACUUGAAAUUGUAAUUUAACUGAGAUUUAUUUGAGUGUAUAUUUUUAGUUUCGUUCUGAGCAAGAACAUUUCUUUAUUUUUACAAUAUAAUAAAAUCAUUGUUUUAAGAAUAUGAAUAAAUAUUUGUAGUUUUUACAGUAGGCACAAGCAGUGAGUUGUGUAAAAUGAUGAAUUAUUACUGUCAGUCAAACACUGUUAACUGUACUUGACAAUGCUUGCACUUCAGUUUGAAUAAAAGUGCCAAAA